AUGUCUGAACAACAUAAGGUUUUGGAAGGUGUCGGGAAGCGAAGAGUUAAACGAACCUUCGAAGAUGAUUCAGAUACCGAGUCCAAUCGUCCUAGUGAUAAUAAUGAUGCAUCAGUUAAUGAAAGAGAUGCUCAAAGUGAUUCAACUCCUGCAAAUAUGAAUGAGUUGCGUAAGUUGGCUAGGCAAAAAUACUUAGACAAGCGAGAGCUUGAAGUAAUGGCCUUGGCUUCGCGAGAUUUGGAAUUACUGGAAGAAGAUGUAAAGAAGUAUGGAUGGGAUAAUCUGAGCACUAGGGAACAAGAGGAAAUUAAUAUUAAACGUCAAGCGAUUCAAUUGGUGAAAGAUAGGCGGGAACUGGAGGCAGGUUCGAGAAAAGGUUACCACAUAAUAGACCGAAAAGAAGACUCUUUGCAAAAUGCUGAGAUCAAACAAGGCGAGCCGGCUGGGAAGGAGAGAGGUUGGGAGGACCAGCAACUGGAAUAUUCAGUCCGUGCACAAGAUUAUAAUGAUAAAAAAAUCUUUGUUCAAGGCUCCGACAAGUAUGAGUUUGUCUUGGAUGAUAAUGCUAAAGUAAAGUUCACUGAUGAAGAAGAGAUUUUACCAGGAAAAAGAGAAUACCAGAAAGAGUUAGUAGCGAAUUUGGAGACUGAAGUAAAGCGCUUGGAAACCAUUGCCGAGACCAGGAAAUCGUUGCCGGUUUAUAAGUACCGUGAUGAGCUUUUGAAGGCUGUUAGGGAUCACCAAGUUCUAAUUGUUGUUGGAGAGACUGGCUCUGGUAAGACGACGCAACUGCCUCAGUACCUAGUUGAGGAUGGUUAUACAGCCGGUGGAAAAUUUAUGGUAGCGUGCACUCAGCCGCGUCGUGUUGCGGCCAUGUCCGUUGCAUCUAGGGUUUCUGAUGAAAUGGAGGUUGUACUAGGAAAAGAGGUAGGAUACCAAAUUAGGUUUGAUGACAAGACGACGAGAGAUGUCACUAUUUUGAAGUAUAUGACCGAUGGUAUGCUACUGCGAGAGUUCCUUACAGAUCCUGAGUUAAGUCGCUACAGCUGUAUAAUGAUUGAUGAGGCACACGAGCGGACGAUGGCCACAGAUAUACUACUUGGACUACUAAAGGAUAUCUUGCCGCACAGGAAGGACUUGAAGCUGCUGAUAUCUUCUGCUACUAUGAAUGCCUCGAAAUUUUCUGCCUUUUUUUAUGAUGCUCCUGUAUUCAACAUCCCAGGAAGGAGAUUUCCUGUUGAUAUACAUUAUACUUUACAACCAGAAGCAAACUAUCUACAUGCCACAGUUACUACAGUCUUCCAAAUCCACUCUGCGAUGCCUUUGCCGGGUGAUAUUUUGGUGUUUCUAACAGGCCAGGAUGAGAUAGAAAAUGUCAGGGAAACAAUGGAAGAGAUAGCAUUUAAACUGGGAAAGUCCAUUAAGCCAAUAAUAAUAACACCUAUCUACUCUAAUUUACCGCAGCAGCAGCAAUCAAUGAUUUUUGAGCCUACACCUGCUGGUGUUCGUAAAAUUGUACUCGCUACGAACAUCGCCGAGACAUCUCUAACCAUUGAUGGUAUUAAGUAUGUGGUAGAUCCUGGGUUUGUCAAAGAAAACUCAUAUGUUCCCCAGACUGGUAUGUCGCAAUUGUUGACCGUUCCAUGUAGCAAGGCCUCCGUAGACCAGCGGGCUGGUAGAGCCGGUAGAGUCGGUCCAGGAAAGUGUUUUAGGCUGUUUACAAAAUGGUCAUAUCAUAACGAGCUUGAUGACCUUCCAAAGCCGGAAAUACUGAGGACCAAUUUAUCACAGGUCGUGCUACUGCUACUGUCAAUGGGUGUGACUGACCUGCUUAAAUUUCCAAUGUUAGAUAAACCUAGCAUAGCUAAUAUUGGCCGUUCCUUAGAACAACUUUACGUUAUGGGAGCACUAAACAGUAAGGGCUCAAUAACAAAGCUAGGAAGAAUUAUGUGCGAAUUCCCGUGUGAGCCGGAAUUUGCUAAGGUAAUCCAUUCUAGUGCAGCAAAUGAAAAAUGUAACGGUGUAUUGGAGGAAGUCACUACGAUAUUGGCCAUGCUGUUUGAAGCUGCAAGCAUAUUUGCUACCGGAAAGGAGCGUAAAGCAGUUCUUGGUCAAAUGAAUAGUGACCACAUGCUUUAUUUGGAAAUUUACAAUACAUGGGCCAACAAUGGAUACAGAAGAAGCUGGUGUCAAGAUCAUCACAUACAGCAUAAGACAAUGGCGCGUGUUCGAAAUAUUAGAGACCAGUUAUGGAGAUGCAGCGAAAAACUGGGUCUCGUUGCAUUGAAUCAACUACAAAUUAAAAAAGACCCCAACAUGUCGCAAAGUAUAAAAGAACAGCGAAUAAUGCGCAGUUUCAUUACUGGCUUCCCCGCAAAUAUUGCCAAGUUAACAUCCAAGGGCUAUCAAACCAUUGGAAGAAACGGUGGAAUGGCUGUUCACAUUCAUCCGACAAGUAUUGUCUUUUCCUUGACACGGGAAACCGGUAAGCCAUUUAAGUAUUUACUUUAUCAGCAGUUAAUGCUAACAAGCAAAGAGUUCAUGAGGGACUGUAUGCCUAUUCCCAAUGAAGCGUGGCUCCAUGAAAUGGUUCCACACUACUAUAAUAAUCUAGGAUAG